UCAGUGAUAUGAAAGUAAUUGGCCUACAUCGACAGUCUCGACAGUCGUAGACGAGAACUCGUGCGUGAUACUCCGCGAGUGAACUAUCUCUCACUUUGAGCAAAUUGCGUCUAAUAUUAAGCGUAGAAUCAAACGAAAAGUCGGUUAAAAAUGGACGCGUGAAAAAAAACAAAAGUGUAACUUGAUUUAGUCGGAAAGCCAAUGAUCAUAUAGUCAAUAACAUACUGGAUAACGAUAAGAAGAAUAACGUAAUGUCAGUUGAAAUAUUCCAUGAUAACUGUACCAUACGUUUGGCAGAAUCUGAGAGAUUGAUAGAAUUAAAAAAAACGCAAAAUCCGCGGCUAUGUAUCGAAUUUAACAAUCUCUGUUAUUCAACUUGUAAUAGUAAAGGAACCAAGAAAACGAUUUUAAGUAAUGUGACAGGAAACUUCGAUCCGGGAAAAGUUACAGUCAUUAUCGGCCCAUCUGGCGCGGGGAAAACUACUCUCUUGAAGAUCGUUUCGGGUGAACAAUUUUUAAACGUUAAAGGUACCAUCACUGUAAAUGGUAUUGAGCAAAAUAAAGGAUCAUUCCGUAAACAAGUAUGUUACGUGCCACAGCAGUUCGCUUUAUUGCCGUUUCUUACCACAAAAGAGACUCUAUAUAUAGCUGCUCGAUUAAAACUCGAAGCUAAUCAGAAUCAAGCAAUUUAUACAAUCGUCGAUGAGAUUGCCAAGAGUUUCGGUUUGCUUAGUUGUUUAGACACAAUGGUCAAUAAGUUAAGUGGCGGAGAACGGAGAAGACUUUCUAUCGGUAUAGAGAUGGUCUCCAAGCCGCCUCUUUUGUUAUUAGAUGAACCAACAAGUGGUCUCGAUAGCGUUGCAUCUAAUCAGCUUAUUAACACGUUAUAUAAUAUGGCGAAAGAAAAUUGCACCGUGGUUUGCGCGAUACACCAACCCAGCAGUCAGAUGAUCUCGCAGUUCGAUGAUAUUAUUGUACUAAGUCAUGGUAGAUGUAUGUAUUGCGGCCCAAAAGACAAAAUCCUCAACACGUUCAGCAAAGCCGAUUUCGUCUGUCCUAACUUCUAUAACAUAGCUGAAUUUGUACUCGAAGUAAUAACCGGACAAAGAGGUGAAAAUUUAGACAAUUUGUAUGAAAUAUCCCGUACCGAAUACGAGAAGACAAAGUUGCAGAAAAAUCACUCUAGUGACGAUACGAAUAUAUCGACUACUUCUAAACAUAGUUUCGAAACAAAUACUUCACAUGUAUUGACAAAUAACAUAAAGCAAAAAUUAUCAACAUGUCAACAACAAAAAAUACUAUUUUUAAGAGCAUUUAUUUCCAUCAAACGAGAUAAUACUUUAACAAAAUUGAGAUUUGUAGCUCACAUUAUAGUGGCUUUGUUACUGAGUAUGAUGUUUUAUGAUUUUGGAAAUGACGCAGACAAAGUGAACAGCAACGUAGCGUGUUUAUUCUUCUUCCUGCUAUUUUUAUUUUUUUCAAAUUCUAUGCCGGCAGUACAGAUGUUUCCCACGGAAGCAGCAGUAUUUCUACAGGAAUAUUUAAAUAAUUGGUACGACUUGAAGUCGUACUACAGCGUAAAAAUAUUAACGGAUCUUCCAAUGCAGGUGCUUUGCGCUUCAUGCUUCACCGUUAUAACAUAUUAUAUGACAGGACAACCAAUGGAAUAUAAUAGAAUCUUGCAAGUAUGGGGUGUCUGCGUGUUAAUUACGAUUAUUGGGCAAACAGUCGGAAUUCUUACUGGCGCAGCUUUUAACACUGAAAUUGGUAUCUUUUUGAUACCAGCAUUGAGUAUACCAUUAUUGCUCUUUGCUGGAUUUUUCUUGAAAUUGGGAGAAAUGUCGGAAUAUUUGCAGCCUUUAGGUUGUUUGAGCUUCUUCAGGUAUGCAUUUGAGGGAAUGGUCCAAGCAAUUUACAGUGAUCGAGAUAAUCUAUCGUGCUCGACAAUUUAUUGUUAUUUACAGUCUCCCAGCACGAUUCUUGCAAUGAUGGACAUGCCAACGAUAUCUUUCCAUUUCAUUUUAAUAAUAUUAGGUUUUUGGAUAAUUUGUUUACAUAUAAUCACUUAUGUGAUACUUUGUUUCAAAAUUUAUUAUGCGAGAAAGUAAUAUGUUAAAUAUAAUAACAUGAUAUAUAGUAUUCCAGGUAUUUGAUAAAAGUGAACAGAAUAUUAUAAAGAAAAAGAUAAGGAUAUUAGUAAUGGUGGAGAUCUCAAAUAUAUAUAAAUUCAUUUUACU